AUGACAGGGAUGCUCCGUUGCAUUAUAUGUGCUGGAAACUCAGCUCACUACCGCUGCCGCCAGUGUCGUAGCAUGUAUUGUUCCUUGAAUUGUUUCAAAGAGCAUCGCGACGGCAGCGGUGUUGGCAGUUGUUCUUAUGAGCAACAGCAACUAAAGGAACCUAAAGAUGGCGGUGGGGAGGAUGUGGUUGCUAAGAAACCGAAGCUCGAUUCGUCACGUGACGGCUAUAUUACUGUUUGCACCGAACCUACCACCGGCAAUUCAUCCACUAUGGAAGAGCAGAAGGAGCUUGACUGUUCCGCUGGUGCUCGGAGGAGUGACGAUUAUUCCGUAUAUGGAAGGCGGGACGAAGAUGGCUCACUUGUUGUUCUUGGAGAGGCACAUCUGGCAGCAUUGGCACGCGACGCUAAGCUUCGUAACCAACUUCGAAGUGCGGAGCUGCAGCGUCUCUUACGUAUCGUCAACAUCAGUCGCUCGCGUGUUGACGCACUAGAGGCAGCGCUAGCCAACGUCCCGGAAUUCAAGGGGUUCUGCGAAAAUGUACUUGAGGUUUUGGGUAGGGUUGAUGUAAACUUUAACUCCUGA